AUGACACAAGCCCAAAUGCAGAUGGUCGCCGAGCUGGAGAUGGAAAUGAUGAGCGACAUGUAUCGGAGGAUGACGGGCGCCUGCCAGGAAAAGUGCAUCAGCCGUACGUUUAAGGAAGCUGACCUGACCAAGGGCGAAUCGGUGUGCCUGGACCGGUGUGUAGCCAAAUACCUCGACGUGCAUGAGAAGCUCGGCAAGCGCCUCACCUCGAUGUCGCAGGGCGAUGAUCAAGCCGUCCAAAAAGCGGCCGCCGUCCAAGGAGCUUCUACA